AGUACUUCAGUAUGUGUCUCAGAGAUAGGAACUCCAUUUUAACACAAGAUAUAUGAACCAUUUCUGUACCUUGAAAGUUUUAGUAAUUCCUUAUUAUCAGCUAAUAUCCUGAUAAUAUUCUGGUUGAUUUCUUUGAAUUAGGAUCCACACAAAGUCCACACAUUGCAAUAUUGCAUUGUGUCAUGUCCCAGAAGUCUGAUUUUAAAGUGAUUUCCCCUUCCACUUUCUUCUCUUUGUCAUUUGACAGGUUAUUUGACCCAUAAAAUUUUGUGCAUUUUGGAUAUGCUUGAUUUUAUCCUUAUGAUGUCUUUUAUCAUGUUUCCACUACCUUCUGUAUUUCCUAUGAACUGGCAGUUAGAUCUUGAGGCUUGAUCAGGUUCAAUUUGUACUUCCUAUGCAUCUCACCAGGAGAUGAGUUUGUGAUGUCACGAUUGAUUAGUGAGUUCAGGUAUUGUCAGCCAGACCUGUCCAUUAUAAUGUCUCUCAUAAGCUUUUUAAAAACAAAAACCCCAAACAAGGUAGGUAUAGAUUUUUAUCAUCACCCCUGAAAUUCCCUAAUCUGCCCCAAUUCAAUUACUUUUCUGAAAUUUUCACUAUAGUUUUUCCUGUUCAAGAACUUGUUGUAAAUAGUAUAGAAGCCAUUUUUGUAUCUGGCUUCUUUCAUUUAUUCACUUAUUUUUAUUGUAUGAAUAUGUCACAGUUUAUCCGUUUUCCCACGAAAAGCAUUAAUGAGUCAGAACUCUGAUACUGAAAGGUCACAGCGGUGAGACUCAGCUUCCAUUGGCUCCUAACGCGUUCUUCUCUCCCUUCACACCCGCCUCCAUCUCGGGCGUCUAGCCUCAGGCAGGUCAGAAGCUGGAAGCUCAAAGCUCGCCGCUAACUUUGUGGAGCAGAUGUGAUCGACAGCCAAGAUCCCUGGUGAUCAGGGCCCUCCGGAUUCCAAGUUGGUUUCGUCCAUUUCACGAAGUUCUGAAAAUGGAGCAAGUGCCCAACGUUUCCUUGCGUGAGUUAGGAGAAUUGGGUAUACCCUUCAAAGUUAGUUUAAGGUAAAAUCGUUUUAUCACAGGAACACUCGCCUCUGGUCCGGGAAGAAACUGGAACGUUGACGCGUUACCGCGCGUUUUCAAAUGUCCCUUCCAGGACGCCGUCCUUUUCCGGGUACCCUGAGUGGUGCUCGAGAGUGCGGGACUUCCGGGAGGUCUAGGAAGCCGCCCCUCUCUUUGGUAUCUCUGCAGGUGUAGACCAGAAUCCUGCGGACGGGCGAAGUGGACCGGGAGGGGCGGGGCGGGAUACAGUGGCUGCUGGCCUGAAGCAAGGUCCCUUUGGCUGCAGCUGUCUGGCCGAGAGGUGGCCGGCCAUUCAUUCCUCCAGUGUGGCUGACGAGCGAGGGCCCCUUGGGGGGUCUCUUUCGGGUUCUGUGCCCUUACCUGAAGGAGAGCCAUCCUGCACUUACCCGGGCCGCUGCCGGCCACCUCGGAGCGGAGGGCGUCCCCCUUCUUCCACCCUGUGGCUCAGGUGACCGCCGCCAUGGCUUUUCCCCAUCGACCGGACGCCCCAGAGCUGCCUGACUUCUCCAUGCUCAAGAGGCUGGCCCGAGACCAACUCAUCUACCUGCUGGAGCAGCUUCCAGGAAAGAAAGACUUGUUCAUUGAGGCAGAUCUCAUGAGCCCUUUGGAUCGAAUCGCCAAUGUCUCCAUCCUAAAGCAGCACGAAGUAGACAAGCUGUACAAAGUGGAGAAGAAGCCGGCUUUCAGCUCCAGUGAACAGUUGUGCUUCCUGGUCAGACCUCGCAUCAAGAAUAUGCGGUACAUUGCCAGUCUCGUCAAUGCUGACAAAGUGGCUGGCCGAACUCGGAAAUACAAAGUGAUCUUCAGUCCUCAGAAGUUUUACGCAUGUGAGAUGGUGCUUGAGGAAGAGGGCGUCUAUGGAGAUGUGAGCUGUGACGAAUGGGCCUUCUCUCUCUUGCCUCUUGAUGUGGAUCUGUUGAGCAUGGAACUACCAGAGUUUUUCAGGGACUACUUCUUGGAAGGAGAUCAGCGUUGGAUCAACACUCUGGCACAAGCUUUGCACCUCCUCAGCACCCUCUAUGGACCCUUCCCCAACUGCUAUGGAAUUGGCAGAUGUGCCAAGAUGUCGUAUGAACUGUGGAAGAGACUGGAAGAGGAGGAGGAUGGUGAAACCAAGGGCCGAAGGCCAGAAAUUGGACAUAUCUUUCUCUUGGACAGAGACAUGGACUUUGUGACGGCACUUUGCUCCCAGGUGGUUUAUGAGGGCCUGGUGGAUGACACUUUCCGCAUCAAGUGUGGGAGUGUUGACUUUGGCCCAGAAGUCACAUCCUCUGACAAGAGCCUGAAGGUGCUGCUCAAUGCCGAGGACAAGGUGUUUAAUGAGAUUCGGAACGAGCACUUCUCCAAUGUCUUCGGCUUCCUGAGCCAGAAGGCCCGGAACCUGCAGGCCCAGUAUGACCGCCGGAGAGGCAUGGACAUCAAGCAGAUGAAGAACUUCGUGUCUCAGGAGCUCAAGGGACUGAAACAGGAGCACCGCCUGCUGAGCCUCCAUAUCGGGGCCUGUGAAUCCAUCAUGAAGAAGAAAACCAAGCAGGACUUCCAGGAGCUCAUCAAGACUGAGCAUGCGCUACUGGAGGGGUUCAACAUCCGGGAGAGCACCAACUACAUUGAAGAGCACAUCGACCGGCAGGUGUCACCCAUAGAAAGCCUCCGUCUUAUGUGCCUUUUGUCCAUCACGGAGAAUGGUUUGAUCCCCAAGGAUUACCGAUCCCUGAAAACCCAGUACCUGCAGAGCUAUGGCCCCGAGCACCUGCUGACCUUCUCCAACCUGCGGCGAGCUGGGCUCCUAACAGAGCAGGCCCCGGGAGACACCCUCACAGCCGUGGAGAGUAAAGUGAGCAAGCUGGUGACGGACAAGGCCGCAGGAAAGAUUACUGAUGCCUUCAGUUCCCUGGCCAAGAGAAGCAAUUUCCGAGCCAUCAGCAAGAAGCUGAACUUGAUCCCACGCGUGGAUGGCGAGUAUGACCUGAAAGUGCCGCGUGACAUGGCGUACGUGUUCAGCGGUGCGUACGUGCCCCUCAGCUGCAGAAUCAUCGAGCAGGUGCUAGAGCGACGGGGCUGGCAGGGCCUGGACGAAGUGGUGCGGCUGCUCAACUGCAGUGAGCUGGCCUUCACAGACAUGACCAAGGAUGACAAGGCCUCCAGCGAGUCCCUGCGUCUCAUCUUGGUGGUGUUCUUGGGUGGCUGCACGUUCUCUGAGAUCUCAGCCCUCCGGUUCCUGGGCAGAGAGAAAGGGUACAGGUUCAUUUUUCUGACAACAGCAGUCACCAACAGUGCCCGCCUCAUGGAGGCCAUGAGUGAGGUGAAAGCCUGAAGUUUUCCCUGCCAGUGUUGAUGUCUUCCCGGGACGUGUUCCUCAGUGGGAUGCAGGAGUCUGACUCCCAGCUGCUAAGAAAAUGUCUACCAACUACCCUCCUAAGAGCUGGGGAGCAGGGAACUUACUUAGGAUCUAGAGAACCUAUCUGAGGAGAGAGUUCACCUUCUUCCCCCAGGAAGUUUCUUUUUUGUUUAUGAAGUACAGCCCCUGCUAGUAAGAUAAGGAGGAUCUUUUGCUAAAUCCUCUUUGAGUAUCAUUGUAAAUAAAGCCUCUACUCUCAACGUAUCAUGUUUAGUUCUGGACAGGCACUUCCACAGUUUAUUGGGGGGAGGUGGAAGGGGCUGUAUAUAGCAGAUUAGUGUGCCCCGCGGCUGGGACUGGGUAGUUGCUCUGGGCCUGGUCUGUGUCUUCCUUGAAACUUGUGCUGUAAUUCACUUUCCUCAGUCAUAAAACAGGGAUUAGAUGAUCAGUAAGCACCCUUCCAAUUCUAAAAUUCUGUGAUUCAUUGUAUUUUAGGAAAAAUGAAUUUGCGAGGCACUUGAA